GAGUGAAAAAGGAGGAUGGGGCAAUGGAUGUCAGCUAUUGCAUAUAAAGGUCAGUCCAUCCUCCUCGACUCACUUCCUCCUUCCCUCUCUUCAUUUGUGUUGGUCUAGCUCUCAGCUCACAAACUUAAAGCCAUCAUGUCCCAACUGCAGCAAGGAAUGGGAAUGCUCAUCGCUACCUUUCAUAAAUACUCUGGCAAGGAGGGAGACAAAUUGACUCUUUCCAAAGGAGAGCUAAAAGACCUGCUCAACGCCGAGAUGGGAGACAUUCUUGGCAAAACCCAAGAUAAAGCGGCAUUGGACAAGAUAUUUAAGGACCUAGACGCUAAUCAGGAUGGUACCGUGGACUUCCAAGAGUAUAUCACCCUUGUGGCCUGCAUUACCAUGAUGUGCAACGAAUAUUUCACAAAAAAGUAAUACUGUACAUGGCUGACCCAUAACAACCAAAACAAUGCAAAAUACACACCAAUUGUUUUUGUAUAUUUUUUUGUUCCUUCGAUAAACAGAAAGAAAUGUUUGCCAUCUUACAAUGAUAAAUGCAUGAAACAGAUAAUUGUUUGAAAUAAACUAUUUUAAUACGAAUUAAAGACAGGCUGUGUUGAAUAAAA